AAUAACGAGGAGAACAGAAGAGAACAGAUCACGGGGCUCUCAAUCUCAUCCCUAAUUUCACUAGUAAUUAGAUUCUGAGGGCUUUGACAGAUGGGUCAUUGUACAUGGUGACCGUCUUCUCAGAUUCAAAUUCCCAAACGUCACUCACAUCCCUCUCUCCAAUUAGGUUUUUUCACUCACUCCUCACUCUUCAUCUUCACCGCACCACAACGACACCUUUUUCUUCUGUCGUUUAACUUCCCACCCUCUAGGGUUUCCAUUUCCAAUCGCAGAUUUUCAUUUCCCUUUAUUUCGACCGUUGCCACCUAUUUUCAAAUGCACUGCCCCUGUAGAUCCGUGGCGGGAUUCUGUUGACUUGGUUUUCGCCGUCUCAAAAAAAUUGAGGGCCUGGGGUAGAGAACACAACCAUACCUAUGAACAAAAGGAUUUAAGACGACAAUGACACAAAGAAUAUCUGGUCUCUCUUUGACACACAGAUAAUGUACGAGGUUGAGGGAUUUCCUCAAGCAAAGGGGGCAUAUUAUAGAGUCCAGUUCUCGUGGUUAAAUUCUCUGCCUCUUCACUGGGUGAGGAAGUGACUUAUCAAGUGUUAAGACUUCUGAAAAACGAUGGAAUGCAACAAAGAUGAGGCAGUUAGAGCCAAAGAAAUAGCAGAGAGGAAAUUUUUAGAAAGAGAAUAUGUUGGUGCAAAAAAGUUUGCUCACAAGGCCCAAAAUCUGUAUCCUGAUUUGGAGGAUAUUUCCCAGUUUUUGACAACUCUUGAUAUUUAUAUAUCUGCUGAGAAUAAAGUAAGUGGAGAAAUGGAUUGGUAUGGUAUACUUGGAGUGAGCCCCUUUGCUGAUGAGGAGAUUGUCAGAAAGCAGUACAGGAAGCUGGCUCUCACCCUGCACCCUGAUAAAAACAAGUGUUUAGGUGCAGAGGGUGCUUUUAAGCUGGUUUCGGAGGCAUGGAGUUUGUUAUCAGACAAGACCAAGAGACUAGAAUAUAACCAGAAGAGGUGUUUGAAAGGAUUCCAACAUAAUACUCCCAACCAUGUUGGAUCUCAACCUGAUGCACCCAGUUCAAAUGGUUUUUAUAAUUUAAAGAAGAAUGCAUCUUCAAAUGUGGGGACUGGAAACAAUAAUGGUCGUGCAACUUCAACUUCACUUCCUCCUCCACAUAAAAAGGCUGAAACCUUUUGGACUAUCUGUAAUCGGUGCAGGACACAUUAUGAAUAUCUCAGGAUUUAUUUGAAUCACACCCUUUUAUGUCCAAACUGUAAUGAAGCUUUUGUGGCUGUAGAGAGGGGUCCACCUCCUAAUGUUUUUAAGCCAUCAAAUUGGUCUUCUCAUCAACGACAUCAGAAUUCUCAACAUCAUGCUGGAAGAAACAAUACAAACUUUCAGUGGGGUUCUCACUCCAGAAUGGCUGGUUUUGGUAGCACAGAUGGAUCAACAUCUGUUACAGCUCAAGCUGCAAGUGUUGUGCAGCAGGCAAGUGAGAAAGUGAGGAGAGACGGAGCAUCAUCAAUUGCUGACUGGGAGAGAAGUCAAAUGUCUAAGAGGACUGAUGGCUCCUUUCAUAAAGUUGAAAAACCUAUGAAAAAAAGGAAGACAGAUGAUAUUCGGAUUAAUGGUUAUCAAGGAUACAUGGCAAAUCAUAUGACUAUGGGACAUGGAGCGGCAGGUGUGGGCAGUUUUUCUGAACCAGGAAAGAGUAACUUGGAAGUAGAAAGAAAUCAUGGUUUUUCAGGUUUUGCUGGCAAGCAUUUUGCCACAAGAGAGUUGUCAUUGUUUGAAAUCCGAAACAUGCUGAUGGACAAGUCACGCGUUGAAAUUCGUAAGAAACUUCAAGAAUGGAAAUCAGUGGCUGAAGCUAAGAUCAACAAGGACAAAGAGAAUAGGAGACAGAAAAGCACCGGUAAUGGCAAAACAAGUGGUUCAGAGAAGCUUGGAGAUUCCACUGUUAAUGGUAACAGGCAUGCCGACAUUGAUUCUUUCCCUGUCACAUCUGAUGAUACCAUCAAGAAGAACCAGACCUAUGUUACGAUCAAUGUUCCAGACCCUGAUUUUCAUAACUUUGACUUGGAUAGAGAUGAAAAUUCCUUUGCAGAGGACCAGGUCUGGGCUGCUUAUGAUGAUGAUGAUGGGAUGCCUCGGUAUUAUGCUAGAGUUCACAAAGUGAUCUCCAUAAAACCAUUUAAAAUGCGGAUCAGUUGGCUUAACUCUAGAAGCAACAAUGAAUUGGGCCCAAUAGAUUGGGUUGGUUCUGGUUUUUAUAAAACUUGUGGGGAUUUCAGGACUGGCAAGCAUGAAAUAACUGAAUCAUUAAAUUCAUUUUCACACAAGGUUAGGUGGACUAAAGGCACCAGAGGUGUUGUUCGCAUUUUUCCUGGAAAGGGGGAAGUCUGGGCACUCUACAGAAACUGGUCUUCUGAUUGGAAUGAACAUACCCCGGAUGAAGUGAUACACAAGUAUGACAUGGUGGAGGUGCUUGAAGAUUUCAAUGAAGAACAAGGCAUAUUAGUUACCCCUCUUAUUAAGGUUGCUGGUUUCAGGACAGUGUUUAAGAGGCACAUGGACCAUGAUCAGGUGAGAAGGAUCCCUAAGGAGGAGAUGUUUCGAUUCUCUCAUCAGGUUCCUAAUUACUUGCUAACUGGCCAAGAAGCUAAUAAUGCUCCAAUUGGUUGUCGAGAGUUGGAUCCAGCAGCUACUCCUUUAGACCUACUUCAGAUAAUAACAGGAGCUAAUGAGACAUCCGGUAAUGUUUAGAAAGCCUGAGGAAGAUACGAGGCCCAGUUCACCGGAACAAAAUGCUUUUGGAAAUGAGAGAGAAUGCUUCUAAACCUUGUAGAGCAGAACUGUUAAACGAGGAUAGUAAACAGAAAGGGAUGAUAGAUGACAAUGCACAGCAUAGAGAAGUUGGUGUUACUGAUCAAUAGGCUUGAAAAAUCAAAUUGAAGAUUGAUGAAAAUACACUCUCACGACUCUUUGAUUUUGUAAGCCUGACCUAUAGUGCCUUUUGGUGUCAUAAAUGGAUCGAAGUGAUCCGCAGCUUUUCGGUUUUUGUUGUAUAAUUUUCAGACAUGUUAUUCAAAGACUUGUGGAUCUCAAUGGUGAACGCAAUUAUCAUUCAUCAUUUUGCAAGCAAAAUGAUUAGCCUAUAGUUCGGGCAUUUCAUAUCGUCCAUGCCUGGUGGUUUGUUUUUCCAGUCCAGGGACAUACUUGUUCUGUCUUGUGUUAUAUGAGUUUUGAUUACAUCUGAUUCACUUGUUAAUUGCAAUUUCAUGCCAUGUGCAAUGGCGCUAGAACAUGUUUAAAGCUGCACUUUUUUUCUGCCCUUGUUCUUAGUGUGAUUGGAAGCCCAUUAAAAAAACUUGUAAACAUCAACUUAAUGCAGAAGUUACAAUUGGUAACAUUGAGGUAAAGAGAUUUUUGUUGUGAUCAAACAUGAAAUCAAACUGUUAU